GAAAACAAGAAGGGACACCACAGGACUCCUAAAACAGGAUAGAAGCAGAGACCAAGUGAAAGGCCAAGGCCACACCUACACUCUCUCUCAAUUUCUAGAGAGAGAAACACACACAAGAGAGAGAAGCAGCUGAAGCAAAUUAAAAAGAGGGAGCUCAAAUACUGAUAUGAAGAUUAAAAGAUGAUAGGUAUGGCAUUUGAAGUUGCAACUUUUCAACAAUCUUUAAAAGAACCAAACAAGUUAAAAGAAGCCAGUUAUGGAAGCAACAACAACAGCAAUAGCAAUGAACCCAUUUCAGUACUUGACACACGGCGGAGCCCCAGCCCCUCCACCUCAACCUCCACCCACUCCUCCUCCUUCAACGGCGGCGCCACCACCACUCCACCGCCGCCACCUGUCUCCGACCAAGACAACCCUCAACAAAAAUGGCCGGAAUCUGUUCCCCAAGAAAAAGGGUUUUCUGGGUAUGACCCAAAUUUUCCGGCCACCGCUGACGGCGGCCGGAAAGAUGAGUGGCCGGAGUUGCAACCCAUUCCGGCGGAUUUUGAACUCCAACAACAAAGAUUUGGUGUUAGCUUGGAAGAUUGGGAAAGUUUGUUGUCGGAACCUACUGCUUCUCAGGCACAAGAUCAGUCUCUCCGGUGGAUCUCCGGCGACUUUGAUGACAGUUCUUUGAGCCUCCAACAGCUUUUGCAGAGUAACCCAAAUGACCAAAAUGCCCCUGUGAGCAAUGUGUCUGAAACAACUCAGUUGCCUUUGAGUUUUAACCAGCAAAACCCCAAUUUGUUUCCUUUUAGUAACUCUGAUCAAAACCCUCCGGUGGUGUUUAACAACCCUCCACCACCACCUCAGAUUCACCUUCAAAAAAGUCCGGUCUUUAACCAUGCUUUGCAUAAAGUUCCGGUUUUUCAGCAGAAUCUUCAGAAAGUUCCGGUUUCCAAUCUGGGUCAUGAAAAAGAUCCGGUUUCCAACAUGGGUUUGCAAAAAGUUGUGAUUUUGAAUCAGGGUUUGCAAAAGGUUGUUUUGAAUCAAGGGUAUGAGUUAGUAGACAAGAAACCAUUGAUGGUGGCUGGAACAAAGCAAGAAACCGGCCCGAAUUCGCCUCAAAACCACCACCAGCAGUACCAGCUUAUCUGUGACCAGCUAUUCGCCGCGGCUGAGCUAACGCUCUCUGGGAACUUCUCACACGCGCAAGGGAUAUUGGCGCGGCUCAAUCACCAGUUCGCUUCGGCUCCGGCUCCAACUAAGCCUUUUCAAAGGGCUGCGUUUUAUUUCAAGGAAGCUUUGCAAAUGCAAUCGCAAUCGAGUUUGAAUCAGAACAGGGUUGCUCCUCCGUUUAACGGGUUGUUCAAGAUGGGUGCUUAUAAGAUGUUGUCUGAGGUUUCUCCAAUUAUUCAGUUUAUGAAUUUUACCUCGAAUCAGACGAUUCUUGAAGCUCUUGGUGAUGCCAAAAACAUUCACAUCAUCGAUUUCAACAUCGGGUUUGGUGCACAAUGGGCGUCGUUUAUUCAAGAACUUCCAACCAGAAACAAUGGCGGCGGUGGCGGCAGUGGUUGCUCACUGAAGAUCACCGCUUUCGCUUCACCUUCGACCCACAAUCCUAUCGAACUUGGACUUAUGCACGAAAACUUAUCACAAUUCGCUCAAGAGAUCGGGAUUUCUUUCGAGCUGGAAGUUGUCAACUUCGAUUCAUUCGAUCCCCGUUCGUUUUCCAUAUCCGAAAACGAGACGGUCGCGGUGAAUCUCCCUAUUUGGUCAGCUUCAACUCAUCUAUCAGCAAUCCCUUCCAUUCUCCACUUCGUGAAGCAACUCUCGCCAAGAAUUGUCGUCUCGUUCGACCGUGGGUGUGAAAGGACGGAUCUACCCUUCCCACAUUACCUUCUCCAGGGUCUCCAAUACUAUGAACUUUUACUAGACUCCAUUGACGGCGCUAACGUUGUUCCAGACGUAUCAAACAAGAUGGAACGUUUCCUGUUCCAGCCUCAGAUUGAACGAAUGGUGUCGGGCAAACUUCAGUUUCCGGAGCCAAUGCCCCAUUGGAAGUCACUAUUUACCGCUGGAGGGUACUCAUCGGUUCUUUUUAGUAACUUUGCGGAAACACAAGCGGAUUGUGUUGUGAAGAGGAUGCAGGUUCAGGGAUUUCACAUUGAAAAGAAGCAGGCAUCGCUUGUUCUUUGUUGGCAGAAUCGAGAGUUGAUGACGGCUUCAGCUUGGAAGUGUUGAAUUUGAAGAUUUAUGAGAGGUUUCGAUGAACUAUGAACUCGUUUUGAUCGUCAUCGUCAACAAUUUGAAUAAAUAUUUGGAUUAAUCCGGUCAUGUGCCUCUCUUUGAAGUUUAAUUUUGUAAACUUUCUUGCUUGCAGUUGAUCAUCUUAUCUUUUCUAGUGUUUAGACUGUUUAUUAACAAGAAUGAUGUUUUACUUUCAUUCAUUUUGAUUGUGUUCUUCA